UAUCCUUUAAAGGAACACAUACACAUAAUUAUCUAACCUCUACCGCCUACUACCACUGGAUGCGUAAACUUGUGAAAACUAAAGGUCCUGUAGAUAUUACAAAAAAUUUUUAUAUUCCAUUUGAUAUUCUGGAAUUAACCUCUAAGUUGGAGAAGACCAUAAAUGAAAAGAUGAGAGAACUCAUUAAACUUGUAAAUAAUAGGGGAGCAAGAGGAAUCAAAUUAGUUAUUUUUACGGGCAGUUUUGCAAUUACUACAAUACUUGAAGAUAAAAAUCAUCAAGUUAAAAAAGUCAUCAUAAAAGUCAUCACAGGAAUUAUCACAGGAUAA